AUGGACGAGGCUAUAAUGCCAGGAUUGGUUUCCAAGGCGAUUGACCGACAAUGCAGGAGAGGAUUUUGCGAUUUCGUGGAUGCUGUAUUUCCGAAUAUCUAUUACAGCUACAGCACUCGGGUGGAGCUUACUUGGUUCGAAAUCGCUCAUAAGGACCAAAGCGCAGAAAAUGCAUUGCAGUGGGCGUUUCGCAGCCUUGGAGCCUUGCAGCUCGGCAGAGUAGAUGGCAAUCAACGACAGAUUCUCGCUAGUCAGGAAAUGUACGGCCGUGCGUUGCGCCAGCUUGUUAAAGCGAUCAAGAAUCCUGCCACAGUUGGCAAGAAUGAGACCCUUGGAGCCGCGGUCCUGCUAGGAGUUUAUGAGUUGAUGAAUGCAACAGAGGAGAACUCAUGGCUGCUGCAUUCAAAUGGGAUCUCUCAUCUAUUGCGUCUCAGGGGGGCAAAGAGGCAUACAAGUGGGUAUGGGCGUACCCUGCUUUUAUCCUUUCGGGGACUCCUAGUUUAUGAAGCCUUCACUCGGGGCGAGGCAUGUUUCCUAGAAAACGAGGAAUGGAGGUCAGCUCUUCCAUUGACACUAGAGGACGAGGAACGGCGUGGCACAAGCUGCGGUCUAGGCCAGCUCACGGACUAUGCAUUCAAUGAGAUAGUCCGGUGUCCGGGGUUUCUUGCCAAGACCAAGGCCCUAGUCGCUUCCCCAAGAACCACCAAUGCGGCUAGAGACAACCUAAUGGAUGCAAUCAACAUCAGCCGGAAGAUCCUGGGCGAUGUGGAAAUCCAAAUAAUGGCAGGUGUUAAGGCUGAUCGCGAGGGGAAUAAGAAAGAGUCUCAGGCUUUCUUUGGAUUGAUUCCCCUUUCCACCCAAGAUGCAUCGGUGAACUACACACUGGAGGGUGUUCAAUCGGCCAUCGCACUUCUCCGACAGUUGUCGGUUUUGCUGGUGUCCGAUCGCAGCCGACAGAAAAUAGUAACACCGUGGUUAAAACUAGGUCCAUGUAGGUAUGACCAGAGGGUCAUAAAAGACACUGGUGAAAUUGCCCAGCUGGCUCAAGAAGGUACUCGACUACACCCAACAGGUCCACGGCAACAGGGUAACCCGAAGAUCUGGCAUGACCGGAUCGCCAUGACAAUGGGCAUGCCAGACAAUGGUUGA